AAUUUUUUUUCAGAGAUGGAUAAACGUAUAACUUUCGGAAUUCUUACAGUUAGCGAUUCCUGCUCCAACGGAACAAGCAAAGACCUCUCAGGACCGGGCUUAUGUCAAGAAGUCGAACAGUGCUUCAUAAAUUCCAAGAUCCUAUUUCAGGAUGUCAUACCAGACGAUCAGAAACAAAUUGAAGAAACACUUCUCUCUUGGUCUUUAAAAGGAUGCAACGUAAUCUUGACCACCGGCGGUACAGGAUGUUCGCCAAGAGAUGUUACACCGGAAGCUACCAGAGCGGUUAUCGAUAAAGAACUACCCGGUAUGUCCCAGGUGAUGAUGAAUAAAAGUUACUCAGUAACAGAAAUGGCGAUGCUAUCAAGGGCUGUCUGUGGGAUAAAAAUGAAGACGUUAAUUAUCAAUCUGCCAGGAAGUUCUAAGGGAUAAGUAUGUUUCCAAUUUGUUUUGAACGCCAUUUCUCACGCCGUCGCUCUGAUCAACGACGACAUCGAAAGUGUUGUUACGACUCACAGGUAUAUCACAGCAGGAGAUGUUGGAGGCUUUGGCGAGCCCAGCAAGGUAAAAGUAGGCAGAGCAGCUUGCAGAGACAGGGAAUCCCCGUACGUGAUGAAGAAGGUGGUCGAAGCAUUAGAGAUUAUUUUUCAUGAGUGUGGACGGACCACCGAUUCAGAGGUGAUUCGUAUUGAGAACUCCUUGAAUAGGGUUCUGGCUGAAGAUAUUCACGCAAAGGAUCCCGUCCCUCCUUUCAGAGCUUCCAUGAAGGAUGGAUAUGCCGUGCGAGCAAAAGCUGGAUCUGUCCCAAGGAAAGUACGGGCAUGCAUCGUAGCUGGUGACAAGCCCGAAAAUAAAUCUUUGAAUUAUGAUGAGGCAAUCAGAGUGAGUACUGGAGCUCCUUUACCGGAUGGUACUGAUGCUGUUGUUCAAGUUGAGGAUACCCAAAUUAUUGAGGUAACUGCCGAUGGUAACGAAGAAGCGAAAAUUAAUAUUCUAGUUACGCCAUCGGUUGGACAGGAUAUCAGAGAAGUUGGAAGCGAUAUUGCUGCGAAUUCGAAAGUCUUGAAUCAAAUGGAUGUCAUCUCAGCAGGACAUAUUGGAGUGUUAGCCACAGUUGGCCACUCUAAGGUGAAGGUGUUCAGGCGUAGCUCCAUUGGCGUUUUAUCGACUGGAAAUGAGUUGAUUUCUCACAAGGACACCGUAGCACCUGGUCAGAUUCGAGACAGUAAUAAACUAGCGAUCAUAAAUUUGCUGCAGCAACAUUCCUACGAAGCAUUUGAUUGUGGCAUAGCAAGAGACGAUCCUAACUCAGUGAAAGCCGCGCUGUAUAAGGCUUUUUCUCGCAAUGAUAUUUUGAUUACGACAGGGGGAGUUUCCAUGGGUGAAUUUGACUUAAUCAAGAAAGUGCUGGUAGCUGAUUUCAGCGCCCUAAUUCACUUCGGCAGAGUGGACAUGAAACCAGGGUAAGUUUGACGAAUAAUCAAUUU